AUGCUAGAUUUCUCCAAGACAAUAAGUAGAGAACAUACGUCGCAUGACCAUUUGCGUGUGGCGCCGCUGCCAACGGAUUUCAUAGGAAAAGUGCCAACAAAAGAUGAUUUGGUUCUGGCUGUGUCCCAUGCCUGGUCUCACCAGCUGCAUCCAGACCCUUUGGGGAAGAAGGCCGAAACAGUCAAGAAACUCACAACAGAGGCGUUGAAGGACCACAAGAUCUCGGGUGAACCGCUGCUUUUCUAUGAUUUCAUGAGCAUGAGCCAGAACCCCUUCGAGCCUGGACAGCCUGAGCGCAGUGCCAAAGAGCAACAAGACUUUCUUCAAGCCAUCGCGGCAUUGCCAGAAGUCUUCUUCACAGCAGAUGCAGUCUUGCACGUCGAUGGAGAUUGGCCCGAUUUGGAGGUUGAAAGGACUCGUGACUAUGCGACCUGGCGGACGCUCUUUAGAGUCCCCACAGGUGUUCCUUGA